UAGUCCCCUAUCGUACGGUCAACAUACAAUACCUCUGAUCAACUAUUUAGUUCUAUCUAUCGAAAAUUUCUCACUUUCCUAUCAAAGAUGAUGCAUCGCUAUCAUAAUCGCAAAGUAGCUGCGGAGAUUCUGCGUGAUCUGUACGAGUCCUGGCUGAUCGUGGUCAUCGGGAUGUUCGUCCACUGGAACCAUUUGCGUCUGUUGGCCUACGAUCCCAUAUCGCCACUGGAUCCCCUGAGCCAGUUACCCAUGGGCGAGAAUCAGCGCUGGGCGGGACUCUUCUUCGGCUGCGGCGUCAUCCUGGCCAUUCUACAGUACCGGGCGCGCUGGGUACGCCGGUGUCGUCAUCGCGUCAGCCUGCUGAUGCUGGUGGCCGAGCUGGUCCUGGUGCUCCAGCUGACCGAGUGGAUGGACCGCCAGCUGUGGCAGCCCUUCCUGGGCAUCACUCGCGAACUGUUCCUGGCCCUGGGAGGGGCCCAGUGGGGCUCCUGGCUCUUCAGCCAAUGGCCCGCAGCGCAGUCCCUGCUCCUGAGUGGCGUCGCCUUCGACUACUUUCGCCUGGUCACCUCGUUCGCCAUCUUCAUUGCCGCCUUCGACUCCACAGCCGGCAAUUGGCGGGUGUCGGUGGAGUUCUUGCUGAUCGGCUACCUGCCGGAAACUUCGACCAGGAGUCAGCUCAUCCAGGAGAAGCACCGGAAGAAAAGUCUCGAGCGAACCAGGAAGGGCCUUCUGCCGACCCCAUCGCCCGAGUCCCUCAUAUACAAGCGUUUGUGCUACAUCUGUAUGCAGAAAAUGAAUUCGGAGCCUCUUGAUCUAGAAAUCUCGGGUCUCUAAAAAACCAUAGAGCCGAGAACAAAGACCAAUUAACCCAAACAAAAAUUUAGGUCCGAAAAAAAAGUUUAAAAGACACACACACCUAUACAAAGACAGUGCGGUUCCUUUCUUAACGUUUCUUAACUUGUGAUACACUUC